AAGCCAAGAAGGCAUCCUCAAACCCGCCGCCCCUCUUGAAACAGAAACACAAAAGAGGAGUGGGCAGUGGGAGAGAAUUGCAACCCAUUAUUCUUUUCUUUCGUUUUAGUUUUCUUUGAUUUUGAUUGUUGGUAUAAUCUCAUUCGUGUUUUUUGUUAGAUUUCACCUUUUAUGAUUUGAAAGAAGAAAAAUUUUCUUCUUUGUUAUCCGUUUCUUAGACUAAGACUGAUCACAAAGACUAGAAAGAGUAGUUGCACUCUCUUCAUUUUCCUUGGAAAGAAGAGUAUAGACACAGUAAUAGAAAAGCAGAGAUAAGCAGGUGGGGGAGAAAGUGAGGUGGGCUUUGUAAAGACCGUCAUUGAAACAAGAGAGAAGAGGGCCGAGGAAAAGUAAAAAUGAAGUACGUUUUGGUGACUGGUGGUGUGGUUAGUGGACUUGGCAAAGGGGUUACUGCUAGUAGUAUUGGUUUACUCCUUAAAGCUUGUGGCCUCCGUGUAACUUCUAUCAAGAUUGACCCUUACCUAAAUACCGAUGCAGGGACCAUGUCUCCUUUCGAGCAUGGGGAGGUCUUUGUAUUAGAUGAUGGUGGUGAGGUGGAUUUGGACCUUGGCAAUUAUGAGCGGUUUCUAGAUAUCAAGCUAACCCAAGACAACAACAUCACAACUGGAAAAAUAUAUCAGUCUGUGAUUGAUAAAGAGAGAAAAGGAGUUUAUCUUGGAAAGACAGUGCAGGUAGUUCCACACAUUACUGAUGCCAUCCAAGAAUGGAUAGAACGUGUAGCAAUGGUACCAGUGGAUGGAAAAGAAGGUCCAGCUGAUGUUUGUGUCAUUGAAUUAGGUGGAACUAUAGGGGACAUUGAAUCUAUGCCAUUCAUCGAAGCACUUGGCCAGUUUUCUUACCGUGUGGGCCUUGGCAAUUUCUGCUUGAUCCAUGUCAGCCUUGUUCCUGUUAUAAAUGUGGUUGGUGAACAGAAAACAAAGCCUACCCAGCAUAGCGUUCGAGGACUAAGAGGACUUGGGUUGACACCAAACAUUUUAGCUUGUCGUAGUUCUAAGGAACUUGAUGAGAACGUUAAGUUAAAACUCUCUCAAUUUUGCCAUGUGCUGGCUGAAAACAUUGUCACUCUAUGCGAUGUUCCCAACAUUUGGCACAUUCCUUUGCUACUGAGAGAUCAGAAGGCACAUGAAUCAAUCUUGAAAGUGCUGAACCUUCAAGGCAUUGCCAGGGAGCCUGAUUUGCAUGAGUGGACAUUUAGGACAAAACUUUGUGACAUGCUGCACAAUCCUGUUAGAAUUGCCAUGGUUGGAAAAUACACGGGUCUUUCAGAUUCCUACCUCUCUGUUUUGAAGGCUCUUUUGCAUGCUUCUGUUGCUUGCCACCGGAAACUUAUUGUAGAAUGGGUUGCAGCUGGUGAUCUAGAAGAUGUUACAGCAAAAAAGGCGCCUGAUGUUUAUAAAGCUGCAUGGAAUCUUUUAAAGGGAGCCGAUGGAGUUCUGGUUCCAGGGGGAUUUGGUGACAGAGGGGUGCAAGGCAAAAUUCUUGCUGCAAAAUAUGCUCGUGAAAACAGAGUUCCGUUCCUGGGCAUUUGCUUAGGGAUGCAAAUUGCUGUCAUUGAAUUUGCUCGAUCUGUUCUUGGUUUGCAUGAUGCAAACAGUACAGAAUUUGAUCCUGAAACUUCAAAUCCAUGUGUCCUAUUUAUGCCUGAGGGUUCAAAAACUCACAUGGGAGGAACCAUGCGUUUGGGAUCAAGAAGGACUUAUUUCAAGGUUCCUGAUUGUAAAUCUGCAAAAUUGUAUGGCAAUGUCAGCUUUGUUGAUGAGAGACAUCGGCAUAGAUACGAGGUCAAUCCUGACAUGAUAUCACAAUUUGAAAAUGCUGGUUUAUCAUUUGUUGGCAGGGAUGAAACUGGUCGACGUAUGGAGAUUGUUGAAUUGCUUGGUCAUCCAUAUUUUGUUGGAGUUCAGUUCCAUCCUGAGUUCAAGUCUAGGCCAGGAAAACCUUCUGCUCUUUUCUUAGGACUUAUAGCAGCAGCGUGUGGGCAAUUGGAAGUUUUCCUACAGAAUUAUGGGCAUGGAAGCAAGCUGUUGCCAAAUGGAAUUAACAAUAGAAAGUCAACAGUGAAAGUCUACCAAAAUGGUGAUGGUUUCAAGUCUUGCAAUGGUUCAUUAAACGGUGUGCACAGCAACGGCAAUGGUGUGCACAGCAACGGAAAUGGCAAUGGUGUGCAUAGCAACGGCAAUGGUGUGCAUUUUUAAGGAAACACAAGUAAUUUAGCAAUGCACUUCGGAUUAUGAUAUUGGUUUCUCAAAGCACUUUUGGUUGCCUUCGGUUAUAUGUUUGUACAGCAGCUGAGAAUGGGUGGAAAUUUUUUGACUUCUCAAGUGACUUAUUUUAGGGUGAAGCUGGAGAAUGAAAGGAAAAAGUUUGUAUUCUCCACUUUAUCAGUGAAAUAUGGGCUUAAGGUACUGCAUCAGCCUCUUAGAUGCAGUAGGUGUCUUUCUGGGAAUUUUGGCUGUAUGUCUUUGAAGGAAUAUGUUGCUAGAGUUUACUCUUGUAGGAUAUCGAUUAAUGGAAAUCAAUGCUGGUUGCAGUGAA